AUGUCACAAGGACAAGUGGUGGUGUUGAACUUUUGGCCGAGCAUGUUCGGAGCAAGAGUGAUCAUGGCGUUAGAGGAGAAAGGUGUCAAGUUCGAGUACAAGGAAGAAGAUGUGUUCGGCCAGAAAACCGAUCUAUUGCUCCAGACCAACCCGGUUCACAAGAAAAUCCCGGUUCUCAUCCACAACGGUAAACCGGUAUGCGAGUCAAAUAUCAUACUCGAAUACAUCGAUGAGGUCUGGAAAGACGACAAGACUCCCCCUCUCCUACCUUGUGAUCCUUACCACAAAGCACAGUGUAGAUUUUGGGCUGAUUUAAUCGACAAAAAGGUUUUUGACGCUGGAAGAAGAACGUGGACGAAAAAGGGCAAAGAACAAGAAGAAGCGAAGCGAGACUUUAUAGAGACACUGAAAUUAUUAGAAACAGAGCUUGGAGAGAAAACCUACUUCGGAGGAGACGGCGCCGUUUCAAUGGUGGAUUUGGUUCUCAUCUCUUACUACCCUUGGUUCCACACGUGGGAAACCAUUGGUGGUUUCAGCCUCGAGGAUCACACUCCCAAGCUAAUGGGCUGGGUUCGUACAUGUUUGACCCGACCCGCUAUCUCUAAAUCACUACCCGACCCGCUAAAGAUCUUUGAUCGAGUCUCUCAGAUCAUAAAGGUCCACGAGUUCUUCUAUGGUAAUUGA